UGAGAAUAAGCGGCUAAGAAAAUGGAUGGAUAAUCCAGUGCUUCUAAAUUUUACUCCACCAAGUGCCACCUCAAUACUUAUUGUAGUUGCAUAGUAAGUCCAAGUAUUGAUUAAAAAAAAGGAUGUUUUUAGAUUAUUCGCAAAAUAUUUCCAAUUUAAUGAUGAUAUUAUGCACUUCUGCACCACUGCAUACUUCAAGUAUACCAAUAGGCAUACAGUGCUACCUUUACUUAUGAAACUAAUCUGUUCCGGAAGUCAUUUCGUAACGUGAAACAUUACAUGUCAUUAUAAUAAUCCGUUCCAUGACCCCACCCAGCCACCCCCCGCCCGCCAAAAAUAAGCAUUCAAAGUACAUAAUGUAAAGAAUUAUAAAAAUGAUGUUCAUUAACUUUGGCAUUGGAUGACUAUGUGAAGAAAAGGGUGAGUGACAAGCAAAAGGCAAUGUGGGGGAUGGAGGAGGAGGUAAACUUUGACAGCCGAGAGAAAACAUAUGUACGAAUGUACACACACACAACUUAAUUCCACUAAAGUUUCUUGGGGUCCAUGGUGAAGAAAAAGGAAUAAACUUGCAAAAAACGCAAAAAAAAGUUGUACUUUUCCAAUGUGUGUUAGCUUGUGACGGCAUGUGACAGCGCUAGCGUGAUUUGAUGACAGUUGAGUGUCCAAGGGAAUGAAAAACUAUCGUGUGCAAAGAUUAACUUCCCUCCUUGCCAAGUGGAUGCCUGGAAGAUGCUACGGUGAUAGCCAAUGGGAGAGUGUCUCUAUUGGGCCACACAAACCAAGAAACAGGAUGUUUGAUGGAAUUUAAAAUCAAAAUCAAAUCAAAAGCCUUUAACGCCAUUAUAUGACUCUACAUACAAUGAAAUAACAAGCGCUUCUCUACAAAUGCUUGUGCGAAGAAAAUAGAUUAAAGUAGAACAUCUGAGAUAUGAGGUAAAAUAAUGGGUAAAAAAAAGGGGGAGGGGGGUAAUUCAGCACCUAUUUUUUAUUUUUUAACUAGAGAAAAUAUUUUUCCAGAGGAGAUGUUUCGUAAGCUGAAUCUUUCAUUAAUAGAGACAUUCGCAAGUAGAGUUACUGUCAUGAUCCUGCCGCUCCAGCCUGGGCUGGGCGGGUGUCCGCGGUUGCUCUGAUUGGAAGGUGCACACCUGCGCCUCAUGCAGCCUGAUUAUGCUGUGGAUUUAUAUGACCGCGAUGACGACUGGCCGGGGCCAGUUCGUAUGAUCUUCAUGUCCCGUUCGUGUGCUCCGGUAUCCCUGAUCCAACCUGUGUGUACCGACCUUCGUCCGUUCUCCGACCAACCUUUUCCUGCAUUUGGGUCCUACCCCCGAUCCGAUGGGACGUGACAGAACGAACUGGCCAAUACAGGACCCAGCAGGAAAGACCCGGCGUCGCCGGGACCGACGCAAGGUAGAUCGUCUGCCGGAGGACCAAGCCUGUCCAAUCCGGCACCCGAGUGACUUCGCCCUGUAGGUCCAAGUACACCAAUCUGUACGAGGGAACCCGCUUGGCCAUCUACCCGGGACCUCCGCGUGGCGGCCAGAGGAGACGCCCCGGCCGGGCGCUCCCUGGUGUCUCUCGCUGCGCGGCAACGAAGACACCGUCCUCCCACUCCUCGCCGGCAACGGUGAGACCUGCAGACCCGCAGCUGGUGGCGAAGCUUCCAGCCCAGAGGGAGGAGGAGCCGCCAAACCACGAGGCGUUCUGUCGCAAAAUGCGGGCGCAGAUAGAAAGGCAGAGCGCGGAAUUGGCGGCUCUCACGGCCCAGGUCCGGCAAGGAUUGUCGAACCAGCUGAGCUACGCUGACGUCUUCAAACGUGUCUCUUCUUGAACUACCUUGCGUCUUCCGAGUUCCUGCAUUUGGGUCCUACUCUCGUUCCGAUGGGACGUGACAGUUACCACUGUAUUGUUGUGAUGGUGAACAACAGGGUGGAGGUGCCCACAGUGGCCUUGAUGGGGGGGACAGCAGGUCGGUCGUGUGCAGGAUGUGGAUGUCGAAUCGCAGACCGCUUCCUACUCUUCUCUAUGGAGCAGUACUGGCACACUCACUGCCUCAAGUGCUCUUGCUGCCAUGCUCAGUUGGGCGAGUACAGCAGCACCUGUUACAGCAAAGGAGGCAUGAUCCUCUGCAAGAACGACUACAUUAGGCUGUUUGGACACAGUGGAGCUUGCAGUGCUUGUGGACAUUCGAUCCCUCCUAGUGAGAUGGUGAUGCGGGCACAAGGAAAUGUUUACCACCUGAAGUGUUUCAUUUGUGCAACCUGUCGGAACCGCCUGGUCCCAGGUGAUCGCUUCCAUUACAUCAACGGAACAAUUUUCUGUGAACAAGAUCGGCCAGGACAUGGACUACUCAGUGGACACCCAUCUCAAAUGCAAGCUAACAAUAUGCUGUCAGACCAAAAGGUCUGCUGAGAAACAGAAUGGGGAAACGUGAGUCUUCUCCCUCAGCCCUUUUUAUCUGCCCCUUCUUCACCUUCCUCGCCUUAUAAAUCAGCUAGUCACACUUUCAAUGGUGAAAGAACACUGAACUGAGAGUUAGUUGCUUAAUAUGACGGAGUAGGACACUGAGGAUGGUUGGACCACUAGACUCCUGUAUUUCAUGACCUGUGGCAACAAUGUGGUGAACAUCAGGCAUGACUGAAAGGACGAAAUCAGACAUUGAUAUUUUAUACCUGUGAUUUCAACGGAAACCAGUCGGGCACAUCUCAAGUUUCACACAGUGGUUAUUGAAUCUACAGGUAAUACUGAGGAUGUUGCUGAAAGUGAAUUCAACUCUUACAAAAUGUGUGAGAUAGCAUUCUUUGUCCGUUCUAACACAGGUGGUAACACGCAUGAAAAACAAUCGUGUGUUUUUUCUGUUGGUCAAAUAUUCGUCUUAUUUCCAGAGGAGAAAGUGGUGGUUCUGUUUUUAAAUUGUGGUAUUCAUAUGACUCACAGAACUUCCUUGAAAGCUUUUUAUCUUAUUUUUCUAUGUAUUUGUAUGUACAGUGCCUUGUGAAAGUAUUCGGGCCCCUUGUUUUUUUCAACCUUUCGCCAGAUUUCAGGCUUCAAACAUAAAGAUAUAAAAUUUAAUUUUUUUGUCAAGAAUCAACAAGUGGGACAAAAUCGUGAAGUGGAACGAAAUUUAUUGGAUAUUUUUACUUAUUUAACAAAAUAAAACCCUCAAAGGUGGGGCGCGAAAUAUUAUUUGGCCCCUUUACUUUGAGUGCAGCAAACUCACUGCAGAACUUCAGCGAGGAUCUCUGAAUGAUCCAAUGUUGACUGAUGAUGAUAAAUAGAAUCCACCUGUGUGUAAUCAAGUCUCUGUAUAAAUCCACCUGCUCUGUCAUAAUCUCAGAGUUCUGUUUAAAGUGCAGAGAGCAUCAUGAAGACCAAGGAACACACCAGGCAGGUCCAAGAGGCUGUUGUGGAGAAGUUUAAAGCCAGAUUGGGAUACAAAAAGAUUUCCCAAGCUUUAAAUGUCUCAAGGACCACUGUGCAAGCAAUCAUGUUGAAAUGGAAGAAGUAUCAGACGACUGCAAAUCAACCAAGACCCGCCCGUGCUUCUAAACUUUCAUCGUGUACAAGGAAAAGACUGAUCAGAGAUGAAGCCAAUAGGUCCAUGAUGACUCUGGAUAAACUGCAGAGAUCUACAGCUGGGGUGGGAGAGUCUGUCAAUAGGACAACAAUUAGUCGUGCACUGCACAAAUCUGGCCUUUAUGGAAGAGUGGGAAGAAGACAGCCAUUUCUCAAAGAUAUCCAUAAAAAGUCUUGUUUCAAGUGUGCCACACGACACCUGGGAGACACACCAAACAUGUGGACCAAGGUGCUCUGGUCAGAUGAAACCAAAAUCAAACUUUUUAGCCACAAUGCAAACCAAUAUGUUUGGCGUAAAAGUAACACUGCUCAUCACCCUGAACACAACAUCCCCCUGUCAAACAUGUUGGUGGUGGCCACAUGGUUUGGGGCUGCUUUUCUUCAGCACGGACAGGGAAGAUGGUUAAAAUUGAUGGGAAGAUGAAUGGAACCAAAUAGAGGACCAUUCUGACCUGCUGCAGUCUGUAAAAGACCUGACACUGGGACAGAGAUUUGUCUUCCAACAGGACAAUGAUCCAAAACAUAAAGUCAAAUCUGCAAUGGAAUGGUUCACAAAUAAACGUAUCCAGGUGUUAGAAUGCCCAGGUCACAGUCCAGACCUGAAUCCAAUUGAGAAUCUGUGGGCAGAGCAGAAGACUGCUGUUCAAGGAAGCUCUAUCCAAUCCAUCCAAUCUCACUGAGCUCGAGCUGUUUUGCUAGGAAAAGGGCAAGAAUUUCAGUCUAUGUGCAAAACUGAUAGAGACAUACCCGUAGCGACUCGGAGCUGUAAUUGCAGCAAAAGGUGGCGCUACAAAGUAUUAAUCCAGAGUUUAAAAUAUACAAUAAAUUUCAUUCCACUUCAUGAUUGUGUCCCACUUGUUGUUGAUUCUUGAUAAUAAAAUUUAAUUUUAUAUCUUUAUGUUUGAAGCCUGAAAUGUGGCAAAAGGGUGAAACGUUCAAGAGGGCUGAAUACUUUCACAAGGCACUGUGACUGUGUAUUCUUGUUGGCUUUUUGUCUUUAUUUUAUUUCUUUUGAAAACACAUCAGCACAUCCCUUACAACCAGUACAUUUUCAAAGCAGAGUUUUGGGGGUGUUCAAAUGACCUUACUUUAUUGCACAUAUGAGGAUGAUGACUUGGAUCAGUAAGAUUGUUUCUAGAUUUUGAACCAUUCCAAGUAAAAUAUUGUAACAAUAACAAUUUGGGAUUUUGAACAUUUGGCUUUGGGAGUGAAAUGCUCAUUGGGCCACUGACGUUUUGUUCGGGUGAUCUGAUGUACUGGUUAUAACUUCUGUGAUUGCCUAGAAACCAGUUAAGUAUGUACCCCACCUCUGGCCCAAGGCAAGGUCACCUGGGAUAGCCUGUGAUCCUAAUGAGGACAAAUCUAAAACAGAUGGAUGGAAUUAUAUUUCUGAAUAAAUUACCAUAGAAUUUCAAUAUGAAUUGUAAAAACAUUGCAUAUCGGCCAUUGCAUCCUAAAUCGACUUUGGAUGCGAAUCUCGUUCUUGGUAUCUCAACAGUCCAAUUGUGUGUAUUAAACCUGGUUUGUUAUGAUAAAAUUACCUUUGUUCACUUUUAUUCACACCUGAUUGGAUUGUUUUACAUAAUAUAAAACAAUUUCAGGACAUUACACAUGCAAGAUUGGAUCAAAGCUGUUCCAAGUCCAGCAAAUUUUUGGGGACUUUUGUUGUUUGAAAGGACUGGGCUUAUUCUACGGCCCAAGCAAAAAUGCAAAGCUGGUUAAGACAACUGUUGAAUCAACACGUUGGUGGACACCAAUAGUGAGGGAUGCUGUCAAGCUGAAGAAGGAGUCCUAUUGGGCAUUUCUGGCCUGUGGGACUCUCGAGGCAGCUGAUAAUUAUCGGCUGGCCAAGCGGAAUGCAGCUUCGGUGGUCGCUGAGGCAAAAAAAGGGAAGAAUGUAGCAGGAGAUUGACAGACGGAUCGGUGCAGCGUCUGCAGUGAUGCAGACCUUGUAUCGGUCCGUUGUGGUGAAGAGGGAGUUAAGUCGAAAAGCGAAGGUCUCAAUUUACCAGUCAAUCUACGUUCCUACCCUCACCUAUGGGCAUGAGCUGUGGGUCGUGACCGAAAGAACGAGAUCCCGGAUGUAAGCGGCCGAAAUUAGUUUCCUCCACAGGGUGUCCGGGGUCUACCUUAGAGAUAGGGUGAGAAGCUCAAUCAUCCGGGAGGGGCUCAGUGUCGAGCCGCUAAUCCUCCGCAUUGAGAGGAGCCAGAUGAGGUGGCUGGGGCAUUUGAUUCGGAUGGCUCCUGGGCGCCUCCCUGGUGAGGUGUUCCGGGCAUGUCCCACCGGAAAGAGACCCCGAGGAUGACCCAGGACACGCCGGAGAGACUAUGUCUCUCGGCUGACUUGGGAACGCCUCGGGAUCCCUCCGGAAGAGCUGGAAGAACUGGCUGGGGAAAGGGAAGUCUGGGUAUUCCUGCUGAAGCUACUUCCCCCGCGACCCGACCCGGAAAAGCGGUAGCUAAUGGAUGGAUGAACGUUUUCAAAAUCGGUACUCAAAUCCCCCCGACAAAAACCCGGAAAUAACAUGAUGCACACGGCCAGAUCAGCUGACCUAGUAUGCGCUUUGUUGUGAAUUCCCAUGCCGCCCAAAAAAAACGGAAAUAACAUAACGCACGCGGUGCAACCAGCUGAUCCCACCCACGAUGCACUUUGUUAUUCUGUAUAACGCAGACUCUGUACGCAGACCUGUCCCGGUAGAGACUAUUUUUUACUUCCUAUUGAGGACUAUUAACCCCCAUCAUGGUUCCAAAGAAGGCAAGUGGAAGCUCACUACCGAAGAACUCCUACACCUUCAGGAGGAGCAGAAGAAAACGUUGGAGGAGGAGAUGUCAUCUGAUGAGGCUGAAGGCAAGAAGGAUGUCCCAAGUGCUGAUAUAAAAGCUAUCUUUGUCAAUUGGAACGAAAUCCAUAAUUCCGUAGAACUUCAUCACCCCAAUAAAGCAGAAUGUAGCAGAGCACUGCAAAAUUUUUAUGACGUUAUUAGCCACUUCAGAAAGGUGCUUAAAAGAUGGAGGAAACAAGAUUUAGACAAACACUAGAUUUGUUCUUUGUGAAAAGGGGGCAAGUCACCCCCACUGAAGAGAUUUGAUACAGUAGUUAAUAGUUUUGCAUUGCUUUUUUCUUGUAGACUUUAAUAAUUCUCUGUUCCAUUCACAUUUCUGAAUUUUUGUUUUGUUUCAAAGAUUCCGUUAACUCGAGUUACGAAUUA